ACAACUCGUCUCAAUCUUAUCUCGAUCCGUCCGCCGUCCUCCUUGCGGCCCAAAUGGCAAUCGCCGCCUCCGCUUCCGCGGUACGCUUCUCGUUGCUCGCCGCUCAGCCUCUCCAUCUUCCCACUCAUUGGGAGCCUGCUAUCCGCCUCAGGUCCACAACAACCCGGCAGGCCGUCAGGGCCUCCGCCGCCGCCGCCUUACCCCCGUUGCUCGCGUCGUCGCCGACCGGCAUAGUUCUUGUGGACCGCACGGAGGCCGAGAAGGUCAACCGUCUCAAGACCGCCUACCUGGAGAAGGUCGUCCCCCUCCUCAAAGAGGAGUUCUCCUACAAGAACAUCCACGAGGUGCCCAAGAUAGAGAAGGUUGUGGUGAACUGUGGAAUGGGGGACGCGGAGCAGAACUCGAAGGGGUUGGAGGCGGCAAUGAAAGACUUGGCGCUGAUAACGGGGCAGAGGCCGGUGAAGACCAAGGCGAAGAACUCCAUUGCUGCUUUCAAGCUGAGGGAGGGCGCCACUGUUGGCAUUGCCGUCACCCUCCGCGGUAAUGUAAUGUACUCAUUUCUUGACCGGCUCAUAAACCUUGGGCUCCCAAGGACCAGAGAUUUCCAAGGUGUCAAUCCAAACAGUUUUGAUGGGCAUGGAAACUAUAGCAUCGGCUUCCGUGAUCAAAGUGUGUUCCCAGAGAUCCGACAUGAAGCCCUUGGUAAGCAGAAGGGAAUGGACGUUUGCAUAACAACCACCGCAAAGACAGAUAAUGAGGCGCAAAGAUUGCUUGCUCUUCUUGGCAUGCCAUUUAGAGAGGGUGGAGGAGGCCCUACCGUGGUUGUGCACAAGAAGAAGAGAAAGGCUGCUCAUUUUGACAGCAAAUCACGAGGAAGAAAGUAGAAUAGGCACUGUUCCAUCCAUCCUUGAGGUUUCAGUUUGUUGCUUUCUGAUAAACAUCAGUGUCUGUAAGGCCGACCCCUGUUUCCAGGUAUCUAUUGUUAUUUCCAUGCAAUGUUUAUAUGAUUCACCCAGAUUUGCCAGAGUUUAAUCAUUUUCAUGUUUAGUGUGAUA